GGGAGAAAAGAGGGGCGUUCGAAGCUCCUGGUCGCCCGUUUAUCCGCUCUCCACGACUCCACCCGAGGGCGGCGCUUCGCCCUCCAUCUUAGGCGAGGAAGGCAGGUAUUCGAACAGCGAACAGCGGCCAUCGGCGUCGGCGGCUGUCGAUCAGCGGCCAUCGGCGUCGGCGUGGAUUCAAUAGGCCUCAAGGGUGCUAGUAGAAGAAACUUGGAUGAUGUUCACACACAAAAUAUGUUGUUAUGUGCUACUUGGUUUGGAUUUGGCUUCAGAAACUUGACAAUUAGCUUUGGAGGAUCAUGGCUAAGCACCAUCCUGAUCUUAUCAUGUGCCGGAAGCAGCCGGGGAUUGCUAUUGGUCGCUUGUGCGAGAAGUGUGAUGGAAAGUGUGUCAUCUGUGACUCAUAUGUGCGGCCUUGCACACUUGUCCGUGUCUGCGAUGAGUGCAAUUACGGGUCAUUUCAAGGCAGGUGUGUCAUAUGUGGAGGCGUUGGGAUCUCUGAUGCAUACUACUGUAAAGAAUGCACACAGCAGGAGAAAGAUAGGGAUGGCUGUCCAAAGAUUGUCAAUUUGGGGAGCGCCAAGACAGAUCUAUUCUAUGAACGUAAAAAAUAUGGUUUCAAGAAAAGAUAAUGGGAUGCUAGCAUUAUCAUCAUAAUAUGUUUUUGCUGAUUGACUAGUAGUUUGUAUGGGAUAUGGUACCUGCUUAUGCUAAGUGGUUGAUCUCACCAUGCCCGUCUUCGGUUGGUGUGACUAAUGUAGCCAGUAAAUUUUUACCUGAAAAACGAAAAAUGUAGCCUGUGCAGGCAAAUUUGAACCUAGGAGUGGAUACAAUAGUAUUCGGGCGAUGCAUCCAAGAGUGAUGCUGAUUAUUCUUCAACAGUAUAUUUCUUUCAGUUCGUCUUUGUUAUUCCCUUAAUUUUAUCGUCAUCUUAUUAAAAGCUUGUUGAAAAACAAA